UGUAACUGGAAGGGCUGGUCCUAGUGUCUCACUCAGAGGCUAAAGAGACAAGCCCUCCGGUGAAUUCUGGCACACCACACAUCGCCUUUUGCGCAACCAAGCGCUCUCAGCAUGUCGACUCUCAUGUUGAGGACUUCCAGGAAACAUGAAGAAAGUCUCUGACCACUGUAUGUAAAUGUUUCCCAUCUGGCGAGGGGCCCGCGGGGCCCAGGUUUGGGUCUGGGGCCGCAACGUUGGCGGCCUGGCGGCAAAAUGGGCGGCGGCCGGCGCAGACGGGCAGCAGCAGUGGCGGCCGGGCUUUGACUGCCCCGUGUGGUGCGUGCUGUGUCGGGGCGGGCGCGAGUGGCUGCAGGACGCCUGCCAGCGGGGGCGAGGGGCCUUCCGGCUGCCCGCCGACAUGCUGAGCAUCAAGCUCCCGCAGCUCUUCGACAUCCACCAGGUGCCCAAGGUGUUCAGGGAGGAUGGCAUCAUUUCCGGGUACCGGCACCCGAGAAGCUCUGCCCUGGACUGCAUCCUCAGCAGCUUCCAGAUGACCAAUGAGACGGUCAAUAUCUGGACCCACUUCCUGCCGACCUGGUACUUCCUGUGGCGGUUCAGCAUCCUGUGCUCCACCUUCAACUUCCUGUCCGAGAGCUACACCUGGCCCCUGCUGGUGUACAUGCUGCUCAUCUGCGUGUACCCCUUCACCUCCAGCUGCGCCCACACCUUCAGCACCAUGUCGCCUGAGGCGCGCCACAUCUGCUACUUCUUCGACUACGGCGCCCUCAGCCUCUACAGCCUAGGUUGUGCCAUCACCUAUGGGUCAUACGUGAUGCCUGACUGCUGGGUCAACAGCUGGCUGCACCAGCAUUUCGUCCCCAUCGCCAUCGGCAACACACUCUUCUGCACAAGCAUGUCAUGUUACUCCAGGUUCCUGGAACUGCAGUUCCCACGCAAAAGUAAAAUCUUGCGAACGGGGGCAUUUGUCUUUCCAUUUCUGUUUGACAACAUUCCACUGUUCUACAGACUGUUGCUCUGCUGUGGAGGUGGGUGCACACACACUGAUGCCCUGUCCAGCCACUGUUACCAUCUCCUCUUCGCCUUCCUCACCUGCUUCCUGUUUGCAUCUCAUUUGCCUGAGAGGCUGGCCCCUGGACGCUUUGACUACUUCGGCCACAGUCACCAGCUGUUCCACAUCUGCGCCGUCGUGGGCACCCACUUCCAGAUGGAGGCCGUGCUGGCCGACAUGGCGUCCCGCCGAGUGUGGCUCAUCUCCCAGGCGUCCGUGCCCUCCUUCCUGGGCACGGUGGGCGCGCUGGCCCUGGGCGUCCUGCUCAACCUGGGCAUCAUCGCCCUGUUCAGCGCCAGUCUGUUCCGGGCGCCGCACAUGAGCACCCAAAGUGCCGCCGCCGUUGCAGCCGCUUCUGCCUCUGCCCGCCACUCAAACCCGGGCGUCUCUGCGCAAACCCCUGCCGAGCUCAAGGAAGAGUAAGGAACUCAGCGUAGCUGGCAGGAGGGCGUUUUUCGGUCUAGUGCUAAAGUACGGUGUGUGCUGAUUUGAAGAGGCACAGGUCAGCUGACCUGUUCUUCUGACGGACACAUCCAUUAGCGAGUGUUUGAAAAGAUAAUGUGUCAAGGAUGUAUUUUAUAGUGCCCUUAACAUUUUGUGGUGUUCAUCAGUUAAUUUCUUUUCAUUUGUUCAGACUAGUUGUCACGAUGUUGGACUAAGUGUUUACAAUUAACAUUUUAAAAUAGCUGACAACCCAGAUAUUUUUUAUCCUCUCAAAGUCGUUCAGGUCUUUGUAAACUUUUCAUUGUUCCAUGGUGACAUAACAGAGAAGCUUUUAAAAGACUACCUUUUUUACAUUUAAAAGGCUCUGGGUUGUAUGAAGCCAUUUUGUAUUAACAUCACCCCAAAUUGCCUUACAGAGAGCUAGAUUGUUUACGGUGCUAGAAGUAACUGUAGAUGGCAGUAGGCUACAGCAAAACUAAACCGAAUUCAUAACUUGUAACUCAACUGGAAAUGUAUCAGUAGACUUAUUCAGGGAUUUCAUACUCAUCUAUAUUUAGUUUUACAUUAACAUCAUUAAGUAUUUAAAACAUACAUACAUUCUGAACAGCCAGUUAUAUUAGUUUGUAUAUGUUUUAAUCAUAAAAUGAUAAAAGAUUCAAAAGAAUGCAUCUGGACUAGCACAUAGUAUAACCAUGUGUCUGAAUUACAGUAUAGAAGUCCUCAUGUCAUGAUCUAGGCACACUCGUUCACGCUCAUAUCAUAGGAGUAGAAACCGUCUCACAAGAGAAAAUAGAAUUUAGUCCAAUAGUGUGCUAAUGCCAUAUUUCACAGACUUGCCACUCAGCAUUCCAUCUUAGUUGGGUCCAGCUGCAACCAGCUCUCUCAGCUCCAGUAUAGUCUUUCUGAUGAGUUGAUCAUUUACAUCCACUAACUUGAAAAUCAUUUGUGGUUUCACACACAAAAAAAACCUUUUAUCACUUAAUCCUCAUUGUUGUUCUCUUUGUUAAUGUAUGAGUAUGCAGAUAAUGUCACAGGUGUCCUCUCUGAGCUUCGACUGUGGUGUCAUUGAUAGAUGUUCAAUGUUUUGCCUGUUUUUUUUUUUUUUUUUUUUUUUUACCAGCACUCAACUGAAAAGAGUUUUAUCAGCUCUGUCCUAUCCAUGGUGUGAAUGUCUCCUGCAUCCUUAGUGGAGGUGUUUAGACGCUGUAGUAUUGGUGUGUUCAUUGCAGGUUUAUGGCAUACAAUACUAGUUUUAUGUUUACAAUUACCAGUAAAACCUUUAUUGGGGUGGGUGUUAUAGCGCAGUUUGUAUUUAUUCCUGAUUAUGUAUUUACUGUCAACCUGCGCAAGGGGAAGCAUUUGAUAUUUGAUAUUUUGUUAUUGUGAGAUUUGUCUGUCGUAAGUGGUCCACAUCUUAUACUGUAUAUGCCAGAGCACUUAAGUACUCAUUAAAACAGUCGAGAGUAAUACUGCACAUGAAGAAUUCACUAAUUGCCAUGUAAUUUGAAACACUUUAUGCAUAUGUUUUAUAAACAUGUCCUUCUGGCUAUUUCAUUUAAUUCGCAGAACCUUCUCUAACAAGAUUUAAGAUGUAAAGAUGGCAUUGCUUGUAGGACAAGAGAGUCUCACAACUAAGAUAUGAUCUUUAUGGCUAAGUAAGUGAUUGCAAGGUAUGUGGGGGAUAGGUUCUGUGAUUUAUGUUCACCAAAAGAUAUCGAUACAGUAGCCAUAGUUUGUCAGGUGUAGGCUACUUCAAUCCUGACACCCUCUGCAGUUACCAUAGAGGCACACAUCUGUCAGGCACUGUUGGAUUGGAAACUGAUGGGGUAUGUGGGGACAAUGUAUAUGAAGCAGGGUCAUUUUGAUUUUUUACAAGAAAUAGGUCAGAGUGGGAUAAAGAAAUGGUUAACCUGAUGCAUUGCCAUUGUUUUUCUUUCAUUCAUCUAUCCUGUUGCAUGGAGAAAAUCUAUUUGUUAUAAAAGGGCCCUUGUUUUGUUGAAUUGAAAGAAGAGACCCUACAUAUUUUGAUAGGCUAUACUGGACAGUCACAACAGCACCACGAGACACUAAAAUAAAUCCUUAUGUGUUCGUUAUAGCCUAAUUAUAGAAUAGCCUACUUUCAGUAUGGUUCUGUCAACAAGCUUUGUCCUCAAAAGGAACAUAACACAAUAUGCGUGUUACUGGGUUUGAAUCAGGUCCAGCAUUUUGUAUUGAUCAGUAUGCUACCCCACGCAUGUCAGUUGUUUAUUUUUGUCUGUACUAAAAUUGUUAACAAAUUAUUGAGCGUGUAAUCACCUUUUAAUACAUUUUUAAUAAAAAAAAGACUUACCAUUA